AUGAAUGUCGAUGAGAUUGCACAGUAUAAAUAUCAACUUGAUCAAGUUAAUCUUGCACUGAAAAAUGAGCCGGAGAAUUCUGAACUCUUAAAACUUAAAACCGAUCUUACAGAACUUAUAAAUCUUACCUCGGCUAUAAUUGAACAAGAAGUUUCACAAACCAUUAAAAAGUCAACACAUUCUUCUCCCAAAGCAAAUUCAACGCCAACCACUCCAAUUUCGGCCACGAUAACAAGUUUUUCAAAACCUCUUCAAGUAGGGGACAAUUGUUUGGCACGCUGGUCGGGAGACGGAUCAUUUUAUCCAGCUCAGAUAACUGCCAUAGGUGGUGGUGAUCAAGUCUUUUCAGUAGUUUUUAAAGGUUUUAAUAACGUUGAGCUUGUUAACGUCCAAGAUAUAAAACCCCUUGAAAAAAACAAAAGGAAGAUUUCAAUUGAUAAGAAGGAAAAAGAGAAGGAUCAUAAAAAAAAGAAAGCCGGCGAUGGUCAAAAGAAAGUGAACGAACAGGUCGCAAAACAAAAGACCUGGUUAGCUUUUGCAAGCGGUCCUUCCGUGGCUCCCGGAAAGAAGACGACGAAAACGAAGAGGCUGGUUCAACCGCCUAUCAACAAGAGAAGUAUUUUCGCCACACCGGAGAAUCCGGAAGGAAAAGGUAAUUCAUCAUUGCGCAAUGAUUUCGAGAAAUACGCAUUAAAAUUUAUUUACGCAAUUCAGUCGGCGUGGUCGGGAGCGGUAAACCCAUGA